GCGUGGAGGACUGAGUCCUGCUAAGGAAGAGCACAUCUGGGCAGCGUUACAGGAGAGAGGAGAGGGUCUCGCUUCUCCUUUGUGAUCAAAACUGGAAUAAAGCGAAGAAGUCUGUACUGUACAAGGUAUAAGGACACACAUUGCACUCCUUUGACGUCCAGAAACUUCACCAAUCAUGCCUCUGGUGGUUUGGAAGACUUCCCGUCCCAUGUGGGCGCGUUUGGCCGCUCUAGUGUUCACUUGUGUGGCGUUUAGCGUGGCGGCCCACGGAGGGGCAAUCAACAACGGCAUGUACGACUGGUGCAUCUUCUGCUGGGCUUUCAGCUUCGCCGGGACCCUGCUGGUUUUGCUGGUGGAGGUCAUGGGUCUCCAGGCUCGUGCCCCCUUGUCCUGGAAAAACUUCCCUAUAACGUUUGCCUGCUACGCUACGCUUCUUUGCCUGUCUGCGUCAAUCAUCUUCCCGCUCUACUUCGUGAAGGGCGAUGUGAGACGCGAUGAGGCGCGAGACCUCCGAAUCGUCUCCACGGUCUUCUCCUGCCUGGCCACCGUGGCAUAUUUCAUCGAAGUGAGUUUGACGCGAGCGCAACCGGGCGAAGUCGCCGGGUACAUGGCCACGGUUCCAGGCCUGCUUAAGGUUUGUGAGACCUUCGUGGCCUGCAUCAUAUUCGUGUUCAUCAGCAACCCCGUCUCUUAUGAUGGUCACUCGGCUCUGAAGUGGUGCAUGGCUGUCUACUGCAUCUGCUUCGUGAUUUCGGCGGCCAUCGUGAUCAUGUGCGUCGGUGAAUGCACCGGGUUCCUUCCGUUCCCAUUCGCACGCUUCCUUUCCGCCUAUGCUCUGCUUUCGGUCAUCAUGUACCUCACUGCCACCAUCAUUUGGCCGAUCUUCAAGUUUGACAGCCGUCAUUCAGGGAACUCAAGGCGACCAAACCAUUGCGGAAACAGUUACGAUUUGUGUUGGUGGGAUAAACUGGUGGCUGUGGCUGUUCUCACCGCUCUCAACUUCCUGAUCUACCUGGCGGAUCUGGUGUAUUCUGCCCGAUUGGUGUUUGUCACGGUGUGAGAGACCAAACGGUCAUCUUUUCCCUGACACUGAGGAUAUCUUUGAUUUUUAGCAGACUCUGCUUCAAUGAUUUUGAGCUUUUUUCCAAGUUUCUGGAGGAGGAGGAGCAAAAUGUUCAGUGAAUAAUGGUGCGUUCAAGUUAGAAAGAUUGCAUUUAUGAGUUUAACACACAUGAAAGGCAACCAACAAGUAGUAAUUAUGAGUGGGAAACAGUAUUAUUUUGGUCUCGUUGAUGUAUAGCUAAACAUUACAUUAGAAAUAUUGCCUUGGCAGCUAGCUAAGUUUAGUCUAAGAUUUGGUUAACACUAUUCUUUAAGCAGGAUGUUUUGAAGCCUUGAGUUUCCGACAUGGGGAAUGCAACAGAUACAGUUUUCAUGAUAAAUUUGUUGAAAAAAAAAUCAUUUAUUUUUAUUUGUACACUAAAACUAGUAAAGUUGCAUGGACAAAAUACAAUAGUAUUGUUCAUUUAUGAUACAAUAUGUAUCAAUUUAGUUUACAAUUGGGAAUUGAGAAG